AUGCACGACGCCAAGAUCGUAGUUGGAGUCGCUUCCGCCUGCUCCGCCGCCGCCAUCAUCGCUGUGUUGGUAGUGGUACCCAACCUCUACAGCACCAUCACAGCCCUGAACGAGAAGGUCACCCUCGGUGUCCAACAGUUCCGCGACGAAACCGAUGGCGCAUGGACCCAACUCAUGGAGGUCCAACUCCAGGUCACCCCACCAUCCAAGCCUCGUGAGAACCCCUUCAACUCGAUCUUCCGCCAGAAACGUCAAGCCAACGGAGGCCUCCCAGCCUGGUGCCAAUGCACCCCACCAAAGGUGAACUGCCCUCCAGGCCCAGCCGGACCCCCAGGACCACCAGGACAACCCGGUCAGCCAGGUACCCCAGGACACCCAGGACAAGCCGGUCAACCAGGAGCCCCAGCCGCCCCAUGCCCAGCUGCCCCAACCGGAUGCACCCAAUGCCCAGCCGGACCACCAGGCCAGCCAGGACGUCCAGGAGCCCAAGGGCCACCAGGACCAAACGGUCAACCCGGUGCCCCAGCCCAACCAACCCCACCAGGCCCACCAGGACCAGCCGGUCCAGCCGGUAACGCCGGUGCCCCAGGACAGCCAGGAUCUCCAGGACAGCCAGGACACCCAGGCCAAGACGCUACCCGCUCCAUCAACCAACCCGGACCAAAGGGACCAUCUGGUGCUCCAGGACCACAAGGACAACCAGGACCAAACGGACAGCCAGGUCAGCCCGGAGGACAAGGACCACCAGGACCAGCCGGACCAAACGGUCAACCAGGACAGCCCGGAAACGACGGUCUGCCAGGAUCCAGCGGUGGUCCAGGCCAACCCGGUCCAGAUGCCGCCUACUGCCCAUGCCCAGCCCGCACCAUGCGUCGCUACUAA